GUGACUUUUCAAUCACUGUUAUUUCUAACAGAUACGGGAUUUCCUGCCCACCACUAGUAGAAGUAGAAUACUCAGACUCAUACUAUACUCAUAUACAUAGCCUGUUGCGAGUCGGUAGGGACAGUGCUGUGCGGCGUAAGGACAGCGAAAGAUUUCUGUGGAACAUGGAUUCGUUCUGGAUUAUACGAUUAGUGGUAUUAAUCACGACUUCCCAGUGCCUCGCGCUAAUUCAGUCCCCACCACAAAUCAUUAAACAACCGCCAACAGAUGAGCUACUAUUUCAGGUAGCUCAACAACAAAAUGAAAAUGAUAAGCCUUUCAUCAUAGAGUGUGAAGCUGAAGGUGAACCAGCACCUAAGUAUCGAUGGAUCAAGAAUGGAAAACAUUUCAACUGGCAGGCUUAUGGUAAUAGAAUCUCACAGCAGCCUGGAAGGGGCACCCUGGUUAUAACAUCACCCAGAGAUGAAGAUCUAGGUCAGUAUCAGUGCUUCGCUGAGAAUGAAUGGGGCACAGCUACAUCAAACUCAGUUUUUGUGCGGAAAGCAGAGCUUAAUUCUUUUAAAGACGAGCCACCAAUUUCUGUUACUGCGCAGGAGGGAGACCCUUUUAAACUCACCUGCCAUCCUCCUGAUGGAUGGCCAAAACCAAAUGUAUAUUGGCUGAUACAGAAUAAUGAUGGUGGUAGUAAAAGCAUCAAUAACUCUCGUAUGACUCUUGACCCAGAAGGAAACCUGUGGUUUUCAAAUGUGACACGUCAGGAUGCAAGUGAUGACUUCAUGUAUGCUUGUGCUGCAACAUCAUUUUUCAGGAAUGAAUACAAAUUAGGAAAUCGUGUCAUGCUGAAUGUGGAACUGACGGGCUCUUCAGCUGCCCAGAACAGGCACCCACCAGUGAAGCAGUAUGUGACAAGAAAGAAUGAGGUGGCUUUCAGAGGGAAGAAAGUUGAAAUGUAUUGUAUAUUUGGUGGAACGCCUCUGCCCCAAAUAGUCUGGAGUAAAGAUGGCAGAUCCAUCCGGCCGUCAGACAGAAUAACACAAGGCAAUUGUGGAAAGAGCUUAGUAAUAAAACAUGUAAAUUACAAUGAUUCAGGUGCAUACACCUGUGAGGCUAGUAAUGGUGUUGGUGGUGCCCAGUCAUAUUCCAUAAAUCUACAAGUUAUGGCUGCACCAUAUUUCACUGUUGAGCCAGAAAUUAUCAAUGCAGCGGAAGAUGAAACUGUAACUUUCCGAUGUGAAGCCGAAGGUGUUCCUGAUCCCCAGAUUAAGUGGAUCCACAAUGGGCGACCAAUCAGUGAGGCACCACCAAAUCCACGCCGUAAAGUCACCACAAAUAGCAUUACUAUUGAGAGGCUUUCAAAAAAGGACACUGGCAACUAUGGAUGCAACGCUACCAAUAGUCAUGGCUAUGUGUACAAAGAUGUGUAUGUUAAUGUGUUAGCUUUGCCACCUGAAAUAACUGAGCCACCACGUAGUGGACGGCAGAACGGUAACGCUGUUAUGCAGGACAUUUGGAGCUCCCAAGCCACAGGUGAAAUGGAUACGUAAUGGAAAGGAGCUAACCGGUGGGAGAUACACUACUCUGGACAAUGGGGACCUGGAAAUAAGAUUGGAAUGAGCAUGCGAUCGGAUAAGAUACGCACAUACAAUUUCCAGCGAGAUACUGUAGUAGAUCAUCGCAUACAUUUCACUGUACAUAACUUGAGGGAAUUCUUGGAAGGUGGUUUGUUGUUGAACAACCUAAUGAGGAAGCUUCAGCAGGAAGACUACAAGGAGCGGCUCUUCUCUGUGAUCCACAGUUGAAAAACUAUAGCCCAUAUUUACUGGAUGGCAGUUGGUGGUAUCAUGGCUGGCUUGAUGUUGACUGUAUUGAGAAAAAUUUUAGUGCCUUACUUUGCAACACUCAUGCCUUUUGUCAUUGAUGUCUGUGUCAAAUUUAUCACAAAGCACUGUGCCGGUUACAGUAGUGUGCCACAUUUUUGUAAUAUUGUAUAGUUAAUGCAUUUUCACUUAGUUAAUAACAUUUUAAAAAUCUGUGCCAAACAGGAAAGUAACAAACUGCUGAUGUUUUCAUUUAAGACUGGUGGCAAUCUCGUAUUUGAUGCUUCCUUUAAUCAUGGGGACAAUGACCUUGAUAUCUUGCCCAAUUUACCCAUGUACUGAUAAGUUUUGUCAGACUUGUUCUGUUUAUGUAUGGUCCAAUUUUGUUUUUUGAUGGCUGCAGGUUUAUUGUUGUGACUGGUUAUAAAAACAGCCCUUUAGCAAAUACUAUUUAAGUACAAGAUUUUAAUGAAGACUUUUUUUUUUGGGAACUUCAUAUUUAAUAACUUCAGUUUGCGCUGGUAGUCUGCAAGCUGUCAUCGAUAUCUGAAAAUGUACAUUACUUUUAUCACAUGAUGCUAUUGAGUGGCGCCAGCUUACUUCCACUCUUUUUUUGUGGUAGGAUGACAACCAGUUACCGGUUUGUUCUGGUUAUCAAACUGACAAAAAGAGAUGUUGUACUACAUGUUCUGUGAUAAGUAUGUCAGAUACUGUAUUGAUUUGAAUAUAGGUUGCAAAAUAAAGAGAGCUGACAAUGUUA